GCUUUUCAGACUUAGCGGACUUUCUACCCAAACACAGAUUUUAAUUAGGUAGGCCUACCUAACGAAUUGGCUAAAUGAUGAAAUUAAGCACGAGACAUUUGGUUAGUAGGCCUAUAAGGCAUUACUUUUCUUUACGCGCGUUGCACAAGUCUGCAUCCAGCGAUGCGCCUCCGAUCACCGCGGCGAGGGAGGAGACCCUUCGCCCGGGUCUGAUCCGACCGGAGACCCUAUGUGUCCCGGGUGAAGACUCUCAAGGAGGCUAUCGCGACGGUUUUAGCAGAAUCCACGAGAUCCAGAUGGAGCACCGUCAGCAGUACGGGAAGAUUUUCAAGUCCCGCUUCGGCCCCCAGCUGGUGGUGUCCAUCGCUGCCCGCGACUUGGUGGCCCAGGUGCUGCGGGCCGAGGGAGCCACCCCCCAGAGGGCAAACAUGGAGUACUGGAAGGAGAGCCGUGACAUAAGGGGACGCUCCACCACACUCAUCUCUGCGGAGGGUGAGGAAUGGCUGAAGAUGCGUAGUGUGUUGCGGCAGCUGAUAUUCUCAGAGGAUGUGAACCUUGUGGUGGACGACCUGGUUAAGAGGGUCGGCUCCCUACGCAGCCGAUCAUCUGACGGGGAGUCUGUGGUCAACAUCAAUGACCUGUUCUUCCAGUACGCCAUGGAGGGAAUGGCCACCAUCCGGUAUGAAACUCAUCUGGGCUGUCUGGAGGAGGAGGUGCCAAAAGAUACGCAGGACUACAUCGCUGCUCUGCACCUCAUGUUCAGCUCCUUCAAGACCACCAUGUACGCCGGGGCCAUCCCAAAGUGGCUCCGGCCUGUCCUACCCGGGCCCUGGGAGGACUUCUGCAGCUCCUGGGACGGCCUUUUCAACUUCAGUCAAGUCCAUAUCAGUAAGAGGUUGGAGGAGGUCAGAGGUCAGACAGAGCGGGGGGAGGAGGUGAAGGGGGGUCUACUCACCCACAUGCUGGUUACCAUGGAGAUGAGCCUGGAGGAGAUCUAUGCCAACGUGACGGAGAUGCUGCUGGCAGGCGUCGACACGGUGUGUGUGUGAGAGAGGGUGUGUGUGUGUGAGAGAGGGUGUGUCAAUGGAUGGCCUGGUGUUGAAGUUUGGUUUCAGUCUGUGUCUGUGUCUGUGUGUGUGUGUGUGUGUGUGUGUUCUAGUGUUGUAUUUCAAGGAUUGUGUUUCUUUGGCGCCAAUAUCAGGGUUUCAGCCUGAGGUCAGCACAUACGCACACGUACAUUUACUCCACCGUUUAAGAUGUUCUCACCCAGAUCCAGUUUCUUGUCAUUUUGCCUGAGAUCCUCACAGGGUGGGACUUUUAUCUUGUUUUCAGCUCAAUGUGGUUUGUGUCACAUUCACGCACCCACACUAUUUUGCACUUGUGUAACAACUUUGUUAUACAACUUGUAUAACAACUUUGUUUACAAGUGCAUAGU